AUUUUAAUAAGAUUUAAUGUCUGGCCUCUUCUAUAAUAUAGGAUAUUUUGGAGCCAAAUAUCCAUGCCUUGUGUUUGUAAUUUGCAUGACAAUAACAGGCAUAAUGUCUUUGGGACUAUACAAUUUAACAGUGUUAACAGAUCCAUAAUGUAAAAAAUUAAAUAAUAUAUUUUAGCAUUGUGGGUAUCAUCAAGUAGUAGAACAUACAAAGAAUAAGAGAGUUCUGCAGAAAAUUAUGGUCCUUUUUACAGAACAAAUUAAUUUAUAUUGGCAUACUAAAAUGAAGAUUGGGUGAAUGUAUAUUAAAAGGAUGGAUUAAGAGUGAUCUAUUUUUUGUAGAAUAUAAUAAGGAACAGGAAAGUAUUGAUAGGAGGGAAGAAUACAACUUUAGAUGAUUUAUGUUAUAGACCAAUAUCAGCAAAGGGAUGUUAUGUACCAAGUCCAAUGGAUAUAUGGUUGUAGGAUCCAUCAUUAUUAGAAGUUUAAUUAGUUAUAAUAUAAAUGAUAGAAAGAUGAAGACAUUCAAUUUACAACUCUAUGUACAGAAUCAAUAGACGUAAAUUAAACGAAUAUUCCAUGUAGUGAUAAAAAUGGUAUUCCAAUAAUAUUAGAAUCUGUAUUUGGAGGAAUGUAUAAUAAUUAUGUGUAUUAAACUAUUUAGAUUUUGUGAAGAAAGAGUGAAUGAUACUUAGCCAUGUGAUCAUUGUUAUAUUUAAGCUAAGACUAUGGCAGUGACAUAUUUAUUAAUGAAUGAUGAAUUCACUAAGAAAGAUGCUGAAUUGUGGGAGAAGGAAGUAUGGAUGGAUACUUUAGAUGCAUUAAAUAAAAGAGACUAUGCUAAAUUAUACAAAUAUUAUGAUAAAUCAUUAAUGCCUGCUCCUCGAGAAUAACUUUUAGAUCAAUAUAGAGUAGCUUUUAUGGCAGAGAGAUCUGUUUCAGAUGAAAUCGAUGAUGAAACUAAUCAAAAUGCAUGGAUUGUAGUUGUCUCAUAUUUUAUGAUGUUUUUAUAUAUUGGAUUUGCCAUUGGUUAAUUCCCAAGUAAGAUAUAUAAUGGAUUUACUUUGGGUUUGGGAGGAAUCUUUAUAGUAGCAGUCUCAAUGAUAAGUAGUAUUGGAAUGGUUUCAUAUUUCAAUAUAGGUUUAACAAUGAUUAGUUUAGAAGUAACUAAAUAAUAUUUAAUCAUUAGGUUAUACCAUUUCUAAUCUUGGCUAUUGGUGUUGAUAAUAUGUUUAUUAUUACUCAUAAUUUCAAAAAAUAAAAACAUGCAACAGUUACUGAAAGAAUGGGUCAUACAUUGAAAUAAGUAGGUCCAAGUAUAACAAUUGCAGCAAUUUGUGAAACAUUAGCAUUUUUAGUUGGUUCAUUAACAAAGAUGCCAGCUUUAUAAUCUUUUUGUAUUUAAGCAGCAGUAGGUGUAUUUAUUGAUUAUUUGUUAUAAAUCAGUAUGUUUGUUGCUUUUCUUACUUUGGAUGAAUAGAGAAAAAAACAUAAAAGAUAUGAUUUAGUAAUUUGCAAAUAGGAUCCUAAUUAUGCAAUUAAAGAAGAUAGAAAAUUAAUAUAAACAUUUUUUAAGAAGCAUUAUUCACCAUUUAUAUAAAAACCAGUUUGUGUGAUAACUACGAUAGUAAUAUUUGUAGGAUUACUGGCUAUCAGUUGUGUUGGAAUAACAAAAUUAGAAGUUGGAUUAGAUGAAUAAGUAUCAAUGGUUGAAGGAUCAAAUCUAUUUAAUUAUAUGACAUUAGAAAAGAAAUAUAUAGAAAUAGGACCAUUGGCUUAUUUAAUUUUAGAGAAUUUGGAUUAUUAAGAUCCACAUGAUUUAGAGUUGGUGGCAAAUUUAUCAAAUUCAUUAUCAUAAUUAAAUGAAACAGUUUAACCUCCAAUUUAUAGUUGGGUAGCUUCUUUUAAUUUAUUUAUUCGUGAAUCAGCUGAGUGGACAAUUGCUUGUGAGACUUAAGAUAUUGCAUUAUAUGAUUUGCCAACAUAAUUAAAACGUUUUUUGGGAGUUCGAAUCAAUUCUCCAUGUUGUUAAAGAUAUGGUAUAUGUGGUGAAACAUUUGAGGCUGAUAUAGUACUUAAUGAAUAAGGAUAUGUUAAAACAAGUCGACUUAGAUUCUAACAUAGACCUAUUCAUAAUUCUGCAGGAUAUAUAUUAUCAUUAGAAUAAACUAGAUAAGUUAUUGAUAAAGUAGUCUAAGAUGCAAACCUUAAACCAAAUCAGAAAGUUUAUCCAUAUUCAAUGCCUUAUGUUUUCUAUGAUUAAUAUUCUUAUAUUCGUGCUGUGGCCAUUACAAAUGUACUUCUAGCAUUAGCUACUAUAUUCUUUACCAUGACAUUAGUCUAAGAUGUUGUAUGUGCUAUUAUUGUUGUCCUCUUUGUCUUUUUAAUUGCUUUCAAUCUUAUUGGUACUAUCUGGCUUACUAAUGUUAUCUUUGGAGGCUUUGUAGUAAUCAUAUAUUUCUAUUUAGAUUGAAAUCAAUGCUGUUAGUGUUGUUAACUUAGUUACUUGUAUUGGAUUGGCUGUUGAAUUUGUUGCUCACAUUGUUAUUAAGUUUAGAUUAUGUGAAGGUUAACGAUGGGAAAGAGUUACUGGAGCUAUGUCAACUAUGGGAACUUCUGUCUUUGUUGGAAUUGCUUGUACUAAAUUUAUUGGAGUUGCUGUACUUGGAUUUGCUCCAUCCAAUCUUUUCAAACUUUACUAUUUCAGAAUGUAUAUUCUUAUGGUUCUAUUAGGAGCAUUUAAUGUAAAUUUAUUUUAUUAUCUUUAGGGUUUAGUUUUACUACCAAUAUUCUUGGGUCUCUUUGGACCUUAAUUCAGUAUCAUGAAAGUUAGAGUUAAAUCUCUUAUCAAUCAAUCAGAAGGAAUUAAUUUGUCAUCCCAAACUAAUAAGAAAGCAGUUAAAAAUUGAAAAUAUUGUUAUAUGUUAAAUUAUUCAAAU